CUAACACGAUGAACGCAUUUCUUGGAAUUCUACAACCAUGUGUAUGAGUGAAUAGUCAUAUAUACAUAUAUAUCUAUUUUAUUAACGGAUACAGGUAGAUUAUGUAAACUGGCCAUGCAGAUAGGGAUCAAUCAUUCACAAUAUUGUAGGAGUCCUGAGACAUAUUAACGGGACAAGAAGCAGUAGAACGAUGUGGAAUUACGUACAAGGAAACAAAAGCAAAUGCCAUAGAAACGCUGCCAGUAUUCUAAGCCUUUUCGAUCGCUUAUUUGUGAAGUACAGCAGCUUAUGAGAGUGACUGGCGUGAGACGCCAGCUAGAACGCCGUAGUAAUCGAUCAUCUUUCCAUAGCUGAUAUUUAAAGAGAGUUCGUCUUUGAUUUCUACAUUUUCUUAUCAUUGACCGCUAAGAGCUAAACGCUUACGAGGAAAUGUAUUAGUUUGACCGUCCCGGCCUGAAGGUAGAUGAAGUAACAACCACGGCCUAAUGCAGGCGAUCAUAGCGGCCGUGGUGGGCCUGUCCAUAUUCCACCUGGUGCUUGGGGCCGUAAGCGUCUGUCUAGGGGUGGUUUCCAGUAUCCAGGCAGAGGUAUGGCUUGCCCACAGUGUCUCACCCAUAUGGAGCGGGGGAUUUUUUAUCCUCACUGGAAUUCUUGGUUUCGCCUGCGCGAAGAAGAAAUCCGCAUACUUGAUCCUGUGUUUUACUGCCUUUUCUGUGGUCUCCUUGGUGACGGCAGUGGUCAGUAUACAACUACUUCGUCUCGGACUGAUUAAUCACACCAACGAUGGGAAUACCUUUCAAAAGGAAAAGAAAGACUUCUUAAUUAUCGUUGCCUUGGCAACAGCCGGAACCGAGUGCCUCAUAUGUAUCAUAUCGUCCUUUGUUAGUUGUCGGGUGGCCAGAGCAGCUAAGAAAGAACUUUUCAAAAAGAGAGAGGGAACAUUCAGCGUACAGGACAUAUGUGUGAAUGAAGACCAGUUUAUGAGCAACGCGGAUAUGGGAGAACUGAACCCUGCUAUGGAGGGUAAUGGAAUUCUUGAGAGAGAAUGCCAGCCGUCUGAAUGUGGAAACAUGUGGACGACAUACUUUGGACAGGUGACGCCCACUAUGAUUGACGUCCAAGGUAAAGAUAGUCACCCUAGUCACCUUAAAAUUGACACCCCACACACACUUUCUGAUGUACGCCUUCAGCCCCCAUCUGGUUUACCUGACAAACCAGGCGACAGAAUUGUCUCAGAGGAGUUACGAAAUCACGGAGGUAGCAUACGUGGGAAUGAGAAUACCAUGAAUACUUCAUUAUGUGGUGACGAAAAGGAAGCUUCAAAUUCUGUUUCAAAGUAUCGUCACGACAUGGGAUCGAUAGGUAUGGAGAACGACAACACGCGGACUGCGCUAGCUAACUCGGUUGAAGCAAGUGCCGAAUCGCUUGAAGAUGUUUUAUUUUCUUUGUCCGAAGACAAAUCGAUUGUGUCCCCAUCCCCAUCCCCAGACAUUGUGAUUAACGGAGCAGAUGGAAAGACACAAAUAAAAGUAUCUUUUACUGAAAUGUCACUGCAAUCUGGAUACAUCGCUCAAAGUAGAAGGCAAAGAUCCUUCCAAACCAACUUUCACAAAAGAAAACACGAAGUUAAGGAUGAAAAGAGAAAACCAACGAGUCUAAAAGACAUAAAUAAAAUUAAAGAUGAAAAUCAUUGUGCCGUAAACGAUAAUCAUAUUUCUGGGGAAAGAAAAAAGCGAAAGUUACCUGUCGUCUCUACGCCCAACGGUGAGAGUGCGUUGGCGUCAAGUGAAGCAUCUUCAACGACAGCUAAAAAACGAUCAAGCGCUGAAGUAAAUAUUGCUGAGGAUCAAAGUACAGAGCACAUGACUUCUAAUUUCGCACAAAUAAAUCAACCCAAAACUUACAAGAACGCCGAUUCCAAGCGCCAGACGAUUCCUGCUAGUGAUUUGUCUGUUUCCAAGAGAAACUCUCGUUACAUUUUUACUCAGGUCCAAGAUGAAGGUGAAUAUCCAAAACCCAAGUCAAAUAUCAACAGGUUGUCCGGCAGUAAGAGCUCUCAUGGGGCGAAGGAGAGACGCUCGACCCAAUCGACAGAAACCAAGGUCGCAUCGAGACACAUGGGCAUGAUUUCAAUACCGAACCCUUCUAUUAAAAAGCAUAGACGUCACUCUCUUCACACAGCCCUCGACCCUAUCGUCGAGAACCCGGCUGACAUGAACGAGCCGAGUAUGCCGUCCAUACGGAGCAGCCCGAACCUGACGGAGGCAAUAACAGAUAUCAGCGUCAAUGUCCCACCAACUGCAUGGAGCGACAUUCCUGACGUAAAUAAAGAACAAAAUGUAUCGCCUGGUGACGCUAAAAACCGUUUGAUUGACAGACCUGGGCGUUCACCCCGAGUUUUCUCCCAAGAGUUUUCGUGUGUUGUUCACGAACCCCCGUAUGUGGAAGAUAACGGCGCACAUUCUCAAAACUAUGUGACUAGUUGGCACUGAAUUGGAGAAAAUGUUAUACAUUUUAUUAAGAUUGGACAGCAGCCCAAAAAUGAACAACCUCGUACAAUGCAUGCUGCAAAAAAAUAUCGGACGAUUAUUAAAAAAUAUCAUUUAGGUAUAAUUAAACUUGUUGGGGUGUUUUACAUCUUUGCUAUUCGGUAUAGCAUAGU